AGAGAGAGAACUGCAGCGAAAGGCAACGAAGAAGAAGAAGAAGAGAUGUCGCGAGUGCUAAACGGAAAAUAAGCGCACUGUGCAGUUAACGAGAAUAAAACGCUGUUACCUCGGCAUAUUACUGUUCACAAUAGCUGCAUCACAUUGGCUAAACUAUGACAGAGCCUCAAUCAGCGCUGUUACUCAGGAGACAGCUCGCAGAGCUGAAUAAAAACCCGGUAGAAGGAUUCUCAGCUGGCCUGAUUGAGGAUAAUGAUUUGUACAGAUGGGAAGUUCUUAUCAUUGGGCCACCGGACACGCUUUAUGAAGGUGGUGUGUUUAAAGCUCAUCUGACGUUUCCCAAAGACUACCCUCUCAGGCCACCUAAAAUGAAAUUUAUCACAGAUAUUUGGCACCCUAAUGUUGACAAGAACGGCGAUGUAUGUAUUUCUAUUUUACACGAACCCGGGGAGGACAAGUAUGGUUAUGAAAAACCAGAAGAGCGCUGGCUUCCCAUCCAUACAGUUGAAACUAUUAUGAUUAGUGUUAUCUCCAUGCUGGCAGACCCAAAUGGCGACUCGCCAGCCAACGUCGAUGCAGCAAAAGAGUGGCGGGAGGACAGGCAUGGAGCAUUUAAAAGAAAAGUUGCACGCUGUGUACGGAAAAGCCAAGAGACUGCGUUUGAGUGACAUGUAGCAAGGAUCUCGAUUCAUGUUUUCGGGGUCUGCAAUUGAAAUUCAACAUGGCACUGUUUCCUGCACUCUUCCACCAUUUUGCCAGGCUCGUCGUCCUUUUAUUUUGGCAGGAAGACUAUGACUGGCUCCUCUAAGCUGCAAUAGAACAUUAGAGUGACUACCACGGCUGACAAGACAACCACCAAGCAAGUGCCAACUGAACAUUAAAAAACAAAACAAAACAAAAAAAAACAACACUUUGCAAGUCAAUGAACUGCUUCAACAUUCAGGAAGAUAUUGUAAAGACAUGUAUAUAGCACAGACUAAACCGGAUAAUAUAUAAGAUCCCUCUCCAUACAUCAUGCACUUAGUCUUACUGAAUCACGCUGGCUCUGAUUUAUUUUACCCUUUUCCCCGCUCCAACACGUGCUCCAUUAUUAUUCGAAUUAUUGUUAUUUUUCAACAGAUGGUCUUAAAUUGCGGAUCGGACUGUUGCGAAGGACUUGAUUGGUUCAAGCACGCCAAGUUUUGUCAUUUCUAGAUCAGCCAUAUUUGGUGUUUGUCAUGGAUUCCCAAAACAUUUUUGACAACCUAACUUUAAAUGUGUUGAUAGUAAUAUUGGGUUUUAUUUCGCUAUUAAAAGUCUUAUCAUCCCAUUCUUUUAUCAAUAAACAAAGCAACAUACGUUUUCAUUUUGUGCAUGCACAAUUGUUUUUUUUAUGGGUCUUUUUGUAAAAGUGCCUCCAGAUAAAAAUGCUUGGCCACAUCAUCCUGCAUUGAGCAAGUAGUAAAUGAAAUGUUGGAAAUCAAUGGAAAAUGCUGUAUUUGCAGUGUACAAAUUGGUCUGAUAACCAGCACACACAGUAUAGUGAUGCUAUUGUUCCCAAUUUAAUGUAGCAAUAAAUCUCCUUAUAUGAAGUGUAGUCUUGUACACGUGGUACAAUUUAAGGUCCUCCAAAAAUUUGCUCUUUUAGUGGCUGCUCUGUUUUUUUGGGGUCAGUGUCAUCCAUAGUAGGAAUUGUUGCAUGCUCGUCUUUCUUUUUCUGUUUAUUUUAUUUUUGUUUCUGGCAUUUUGUUUGUGAAUGUUUGUCCAUACGGUGUAUGUGUUCAUAUCGUUGUGCUCUUCUUUCAUCAAAUCCAACCUCGUUAUUCUGCUCACUUGAAAGGUUGCAGUUUUUGGCUCAAGUACAAAGACAAAAUACUGAUGGGUAUUUUUUAUGUUAUGAAACCUGUCACCUGUUGUGAGCUCUUCAAUUAUAUUGUGCCCCCCCCCCCCAAAAAAAUUGCGUGUUAAAUUCAGUCUUUUGUGUUCUGGGCCCUUCAUAAAUAGCAUAUCUGUUCUGAGAAAGUUAGCGGAAGCUUUUCCUGGAAGCAAAUCUAAUUGCCUCGCUUCCAUUUCCAGUAAGUUAUUAUUGCCAUACUCCAGGGGUGUCCAAACUACAGCUCAAGGGCCCUUUGUGGCCUACGCCAUUUCCUAUAAAUGACAUUUGAUACAGCCCGCUUGGUUAAAGUU